AUGGAUCAGCUCUACGCCGUGGCUCCUGAGGACUUCCGGCCAGGAGCGGAGGGCGAUGGAGAGCAGGAAGUGGUUGGGACCGGGCCCGGGCCCGCGCGCGCGGACCAAGUCGCGGUAGAGGAGCGCGGCGGAGGCGUGGUCGGAGACGUCUGCGUAGGCGGAGAUGACGGCGGCGUAGAGGUGGGCGUUGGGGGAGGGGAAGGCGUCGAGCAGGCGGCGGGCGUAGGGGAGGUGGCGGAGGCGGGUGGCGCAGAGGCGGAUGAGUUUGAAGGUGUAGAAAUGGGUGGCGCCAUGGCCGAGCGUGACGAGGCGAGCCUGGAGCUGGUGGAGGUGGCUGAGGUGGCGGCAGCGAUUCACAAAGUCACUCUUUUCCAGCAAAUAUCCUCGGCUCCACGAUUAUUUUCACAUAAUCACGCAAUUACACUUGGACUCAAGCUUGGGAGGCUCUAUGCUGUCAACAUUGUUACGAACUCCAACAAUAAUUUGGUUCGAGUUAUCGUCAUUUUCAGCAUCGCAACAAAGAGCCCACCUGGAAAUGCCAUUGUUGGUCGAAGGAUUUCCAUUGGUGGGGUUUCUUUAUUUAUUGCUAUAUUUGCGGCUUCGUAUGCGAGGUUGUGA